AUGGAUGUGGACGCCGAGGAGAAGCGCCAUCGCACACGAUCCAAAGGGGUCCGAGUUCCUGUGGAACCAGCCAUACAGGAGCUAUUCAGCUGUCCCACACCGGGCUGUGAUGGCAGUGGCCACGUUAGUGGCAAAUAUGCAAGACACAGAAGUGUAUAUGGUUGUCCUUUGGCUAAGAAAAGAAAAACACAAGAUAAACAGCCUCAAGAACCUGCACCCAAAAGAAAACCGUUUGCAGUAAAGGCAGACAGUUCCUCAGUCGAUGAAUGUUAUGAAAGUGAUGCUACUGAGGACAUGGAUGAAAAGGAGGAAGACGAGGAGGAAGAGUACUCAGAGGACAACGAUGAGCAAGGGGAUGAGGAAGAGGAGGACGAGGAGGUGGACAGAGAGGAAGAAGAGGAGAUUGAGGAAGAAGAAGAAGAAGAAGAUGAGGAGGAGGAGGAGGAGGAUGGAGAAGAUGUAGAGGAUGACGAUGAAGAAGAGGAGGAUGAGGAGGAGGAUGAGGAGGAGGAAGAAGAAAACGACGGCCACCAGAUGAGUUGUCACAGCACUCGAAUCCUGCAAGACGCGGAGAAGGACGACAACAACAACGACGAGUAUGAUAAUUACGACGAGCUAGUGGCCAAGUCACUGCUCAAUCUCGGCAAAAUUGCUGAGGACGCAGCCUACCGGGCCAGGACCGAGUCCGAGAUGAACAGCAACACCUCCAACAGCCUGGAGGACGACGGGGACAAAAACGAGAACCUGGGCCGCAAGAGUGAGCUGAGCCUGGACCUGGACAGUGAUGUCGUCCGAGAGACUGUGGACUCACUGAAGCUGCUGGCACAGGGGCACGGGGUCGUGCUUUCCGACAACCUCCAUGACAGGGGCUACAACGACAGUGCGUCCCAGCAGGACAGCCGGGGGGGCGUGAACUACGUCAUGCUGGGGAAGCCCGUCAACAAUGGGCUCGUGGACAAGAUGGUGGAGGAGAGCGACGAGGAGGUGUGCCUGAGCAGCCUCGAAUGCCUGCGCAACCAGUGCUUUGACCUGGCCCGCAAGCUCAGCGAGACCAGCCCGCCCGAGAGGAGUCAGCCGUCCAGCGUGAGCACCCGGCAGCACGCACGGCCUGAGGACGACUUCCCAGGGAGGACACCAGACAGGAGCUAUUCGGACAUGAUGAACCUCAUGCGGCUCGAGGAGCAACUGAGUCCCCGCUCUAGAACGUUCUCUAGCUGUGCAAAGGAGGAUGGGUGUCGUGAGCGGGACGACGACACCACCUCUGUCAACUCUGACCGGUCCGAAGAGGUAUUCGACAUGACCAAGGGCAACCUGACCCUCCUGGAGAAAGCCAUCGCCCUGGAGACGGAGCGGGCCAAGGCCAUGAGAGAGAAGAUGGCCCUGGAGGCCGGCCGGAGGGACAGCCUGCGGUCAUACGAGGACCAGUCUCCACGCCAGCUCUCUGGGGAAGACAGGAAGCCCAAAUCCAGUGACAGCCACGUCAAAAAGCCAUACUAUGAUCCCUCAAGAACAGAAAAGAAAGAGAGCAAGUGUCCAACCCCUGGGUGCGAUGGAACCGGCCACGUCACGGGGCUCUACCCGCAUCAUCGCAGUCUGUCCGGGUGCCCGCACAAAGAUAGGGUCCCUCCGGAAAUUCUCGCCAUGCACGAAAAUGUGCUCAAGUGUCCCACUCCGGGCUGCACAGGGCGAGGGCACGUGAAUAGCAACAGGAACUCACACCGAAGCCUCUCAGGAUGCCCUAUCGCCGCUGCAGAAAAAUUGGCAAAGGCCCAGGAAAAGCACCAGAGCUGUGACGUUUCCAAGUCCAACCAGGCCUCUGACCGAGUUCUAAGGCCUAUGUGCUUUGUAAAGCAGCUGGAGAUCCCCCAGUAUGGCUACAGAAACAACGUCCCCACAACCACGCCACGCUCCAACCUGGCCAAGGAGCUGGAGAAAUACUCCAAGACAUCGUUUGAGUACGGCGGUUACGACGGCCAUGCUUACGGCAAGAGAGCCAUAGCUCCCAAGGUGCAAACCAGGGAUUUGUCCCCCAAAGGAUAUGACGAUGCCAAGCGCUACUGCAAGAACCCCAGCCCCAGCCCCAGCAGCAGCAGUAGCUACGCACCCAGCAGCGGCAGCCUGAGCUGUGGUGGCGGCAGCAGCGCCAGCAGCACAUGCAGCAAGAGCAGCUUCGACUACACGCACGACAUGGAGGCAGCACACAUGGCAGCCACAGCCAUCCUCAACCUGUCCACGCGCUGCCGUGAGAUGCCGCAGAACCUGUCCACUAAACCUCAGGACCUGUGCGCCACGCGGAAUCCUGAUGUAGAGGUGGAUGAGAAUGGGACCCUGGACCUCAGCAUGAACAAACAGAGGCCGCGGGACGGCUGCUGCCCCAUCCUGACCCCCCUGGAGCCCAUGUCCCCUCAGCAGCAGGCGGUGAUGGGCACACGCUGCUUCCCCCUGAGCGAGGGUGACUGCUGGGACCUGCCUGUAGACUACACCAAAAUGAAGCCCCGGAGGAUAGAUGAAGAGGAUUCCAAAGAGAUCACCCCGGAAGACUUGGACCCAUUCCAGGAGGCUCUGGAGGAGAGGAGGUAUCCCGGGGAGGUGACCAUCCCGAGUCCCAAGCCCAAGUUCCCCCAGUGCAAGGAGAGCAAAAAGGACUUAAUAACUCUGUCCGGAUGCCCCCUGGCGGACAAAAGCAUCCGAAGCAUGCUGGCCACCAGUUCACAAGAACUCAAGUGUCCCACCCCUGGCUGUGACGGUUCUGGGCAUAUCACUGGCAACUACGCUUCUCAUCGAAGCCUUUCAGGGUGCCCCCGAGCCAAGAAGAGCGGCAUCCGGGUGGCGCAGAGCAAAGAGGACAAGGAGGACCAGGAACCCAUCAGGUGUCCAGUGCCCGGCUGCGACGGGCAGGGCCACAUCACCGGGAAGUAUGCCUCCCACCGCAGCGCCUCGGGGUGCCCACUGGCCGCCAAGAGACAGAAGGAUGGGUACCUCAAUGGCUCGCAGUUCUCCUGGAAGUCUGUCAAGACGGAAGGCAUGUCCUGCCCCACGCCGGGCUGUGACGGCUCUGGCCACGUCAGCGGCAGCUUCCUCACGCACCGCAGCUUGUCAGGAUGCCCGCGAGCCACGUCCGCCAUGAAGAAGGCAAAACUGUCAGGAGAACAGAUGCUGACCAUCAAGCAGCGGGCCAGCAACGGAAUAGAGAACGAUGAAGAAAUCAAGCAGCUAGAUGAAGAGAUUAAGGAGCUGAAUGAGUCCAAUUCCCAGAUGGAGGCUGACAUGAUCAAGCUUAGGACUCAGAUCACCACCAUGGAGAGCAACCUCAAGAGCAUCGAGGAGGAGAACAAGGUGAUUGAGCAGCAGAACGAGUCCCUCCUGCACGAGCUGGCCAACCUCAGCCAGUCCCUGAUCCACAGCCUGGCCAACAUCCAGCUGCCCCACAUGGAUCCAAUCAAUGAACAAAAUUUUGAUGCUUACGUGACUACUUUGACGGAAAUGUAUACAAAUCAAGACCGUUAUCAGAGUCCAGAAAAUAAAGCCCUACUGGAAAAUAUAAAGCAGGCUGUGAGAGGAAUUCAGGUGUGAACAGCUGCUCUAGAGCAAAGGAUGCCUCUUGUUUUGCAAGAAAGCGUUCUAUAUCCAUUCCUGUCUGAAGCAGUGUGAUGCUUACGAGACUUCAUAAUGGUUUCACGUCUUGCUUUAAGGAUAGCACCUGCAGACUAGUUUUGGAAUACAUUCACAUUUUGUACGUUUUCAUAUAAGCUGACAUAGUGUGAUAUGCCAUGUAAUGUUUAUAGCUGCUAUUGUAUGCACAUUUGGGGGUAUAUAUAUUUCUGAAGAGGUAAGCGGAUCAAAAUAAAUAGAGUGUAAAUUCUUUUUAAUGCUUUAGUGAGUAAAUGUUUUAGUAUUUUGAACUGAAAUGGACAAAAAGGAAAAAAAUGAAAAAAAAAACCCACACCCACAGCUUUGGAUGAUCAGGCGUGGCCCCUGUGGCCACGUGUUAAACACUAUCAUUUUGCCUCAUGUUGGAGGACUUUUAUGGAACUUAAGAAAUACAUUUUGUGUGCAUAUUGUUUCAUAGCAGGAAUUGGUUGCAAAAAAUGCUUUAUUUUUGAACAAUGCCUGGAAAUAUUAUGUGAUGUUUUUGUUUGUUUGUUUUAGGAGGAUGGUGUAUGGUGGGGGCAGUAAGUGAGGUUUUUUGCAUUCCAAGGAAAUGGCAUGUGGAUUAACUGUAAGACAUGAAAUAAGUAAUUUAUUGUAAGACAACAUCAAGCCAUGGAAACUUGGCGGAAGACUCAAAGCAGCUCCAACAGCACUUGUCAGUUAGCUCACUGUGGACACUGCUGUUAGCACAGGGGCUUGUCAGAGGCGGACGCCACGAAGAUCUCCCUUCUCAUUUUCAAUAAACUCUGGAACAGCCUCUCUUAUGUCCCUAGGGUCCGUGCCCCCAACCGUCUGUUCUCGCACUGUAGCUCACCUUCCAGAAUCUGUGUGGUUUUCCAUCUAAGCGGAAAGAUGGUUACGAGCGCUUAUUUCCCCUCCUCACACUUAAAAAGGCCCCCUUCUUGUUGUUGUUGCUAUGAUUUCACACUUGAGGGAUCAAGGCGAAUGACUGUGAGCAUUCGGGUUCCUGGUGAGAAAGGGAUUUGGUGGAAUUUCUCGCCCAGCCCCUGCCCCAAGCGUGACUUUGACCAAACGCUCCCACCACGACGCUUAGGGGCUGCCCUGGGGUGGAGGCCAGUUGGCCAUAGAGCAUUCACAGCGCCUGGCUUGGUCAACCUGUGACCUACUCUAAGAAUGAAUGCAAUCAGAGUUUAAUAGUAACUAAAUAUACUUCAGCACUUUUUUUGCUUUAAACUAGAUCAUCUUAGACUUGUUUGUACCUUUCAGAUUUGAUUGUUUUACUCCAAAUGACUGCACUAUAUGUAUGCAUAAGACCACUUUGGACUCCUGCGUGUCCUCUGCGGGGUCCUUCGAAGAUGUGUUGUGUUUUCUGAUGUUGACUUGAUUUCCAUUCGGUAGCAUCUCUUCCUUCCAUGUCUUGAUGUUAUGCAGGAAGUACAAAAGUACUUUAAAAUUUUGUUAUGAAAUAAAAAAGAUGGGUUUUGUAAAAAUUUAAAAAAAUAUUUUUAGCAGAACAGGACUUACAGGGUCAUUGUCCCCGCAAUGUGCCAGCCGACUAUUUGCACUUCCCUUGUCCUAUAUCCGUACGGAGGUGUGCAAUUCCUUGUGACGCUGAACCUGGAUGGUUAUAGAGGAGGCCCACUCGGCUGACCGCGACGGUUGCUAAGGGAGACUACAGGGAUCUCACGACAAAUACUCUGAUACAAUACUCAACCUCGGUAUAUAUAUGUACAAAGAGAUGUAUAUCCCAGCGGCACUUUAUAUCCUGCUCACUGUACAAAGCUUGCAGUUUUCCGCGAGGACUCGAAGCACCAGCUGGGGAAGGGCGUGUCCUGACUCGGGGUUCUGCAGCAUCCUCUCUGUACAGCGCCCUCUUUCUGUUGUGCGAUCAGCCGCAGCUGCCACGCUCCGAAUUGCCUUCAGAGAGCUGAAGCAAGGUGCUCGACGUCACGAGAUGCCAUAUAUAUAUAUAAAUAAAUUAUAUACAUAAACACACGUAUAUAUAUAUAUAUAUAUAUGGUCUGGGGCCCGGCCCCAGGAGGGCCCCUGUCCGUAGCGGCAUAUGCAUUUGCCCACAGCGUCGUCUGCAGCUUUUUUGCCGAUAUAUUAAUGCUUUUAGUAGAGUAAUAGGUAGUUCCGUUUUGGAUUCUUGUUAUCACCUAUGUACAAUGGAAGGGGGAUUUGAAGCACAACCUGCUGCUCAUGUAACGUUGGUCCAUAAUAUCCAAUCAGAAGUCACCGUGACUGUUAUAUAGGGUCACAAGUGUCACACAUUAGAAUGCUGACCUUUCAUAUGGGAUUAUUGUGAGUCAUCAGAGUUUAUUUAUUAUAACUUAUUGUUCAUAUUCAUUUCUAAGUUAAUUUAA